AUGCGUGCCAACGACCAAACUCACAAGAUCUUCUUCAAGGGCCAGUCCGAGGACUUCAUCGUUUUCGUCGAUGACCUCGAGAUCCUGAAGAAGUGGAAGGGGGACCGCAGCAUUCCUCUGACUGAUGUUCUGAACGGCUGGAAGAUCUUUGUCACUCACGGGUUGGUGUCCCUCACCCUGACGUUUCAAACUGAGACUCUGGACAUUACCCACGGUGCCCAAGGUGUUCUCGACACCGCCAGCAAGACUGCCCUUGAGAACGAGUUCGGCACCUCCAAGGAAGAGGAGUGCAUUGUCAAGAUCUUGGAGAACGGCGACUACCAGACUACCACCACCCGCGAGCGUGACGGCUCCAAGAACGACUCCAAGGGCUCCGUUGCCAUUGGUCGGUAA